AACUCCAAAGCUUUGGGUUGAAAAAGAAAAAACAACUAAAGCCUUCUCUUUGUGCACUCCUCUCUCCCUCCCGCACAUCAUCGUACCCACCCACACCGCCACCGACCACAGUAGACCGUCGCCCGUCCGCCUUCCUCCGCCGACCGCACUUCGUCACUUCACCGCGCCAGCCAUUGACGAGUUUCUCUUUCCGUUCUCUCUCGGCUAACAUCCGUGCAGCGCCUGCCAGCUGCCUUUGCCGCGCUUUCGCCGGAUUUCGCUGUUAAGUUUGGUAUCAAUUGGGAGGCGACUUGAAUACUCUUUUUCUUGUUUGUUUGAUGGUUAGACUCAACGAGGAGAUGAUGAUAUUGACAUAGAUAGAACAAACCUAUUGGUCAAAAGGUUUCUUGUUCUUUCUUUUCUUUUCCAGGAAACAAACAAUAGCAAGGACAUCUUGCAUCAUCCUUGAAGUGCUUGAGUGUUAUUUGUGAGCAGUUUGUUUAUGCUUGAUGAACCUUGUUUUUGUCCCCAAGCCUUGCGGUUUAUUGAUCUCACGUUGCUACUCUACUCUUUCUCGGCCUGACCUUUGUCCCUCUCGGUGUCUUCUCCAUUUUCUUCAGCAUGCAAUCAAUCACCAAUCUCAGAAGCGCAUUCACCAAUCUCAUGCUCAGGUUAUUACUCAGGGAUUGGAACAAAACCCUUUCUUGAUUACUAAACUUCUUUCUGCAUACUCAAGCUGCGGUGACCUUAAGGAGUUGAAUCUCAUAUUUGACUUGGCUUCCAUUAAGACUGUUCAUAUUUGGAACUCCUUGAUUAGUGGGUAUGUUAAGAACGGUAUGUUCCAUGGGGUAUUUGGUCGUUUUAAUGAAAUGCAAAAAUGCAACAUAGUGCCAGAUGACUUUACAUUAUCCAUAUUGGCAAAAGCAUCCAAUGAGCUUGGGAAUGUGGUUGUUGGGAAAUCGAUUCAUGGAAAGAGUUUACGACUUGGUCUCAUUUCAGAUAUCAUCGUUGCUAAUUCUCUCAUAUCAAUGUACUUCAAGUAUGGAGAGUGCAAAGAAUCAUUAAAGCUGUUUAACGAAAUGCCUGAAAGAAAUUCAGGUUCAUGGAAUGUCCUAUUAGCUGGUUAUGCCAGUUUUAGUGACUGUUUCUAUGCUAAAGAAGCAUGGGAAGCUGUUAGAAAUAUGCAGAUGGAUGGAAUAAAACCUGAUGCCUUCACUAUUUCAAGCCUUCUACAUUUUUGUGGUCAUCCCAAUGGGAAAUUGAGUUAUGGAAAAGAGCUCCAUUGCUAUAUUGUGAAGAACAAGUUGGAUCUUGAUUCUGGCUCAAAAUUUCAUAUCAGCUGUGGUUUGAUCGAUAUGUACUCUAGGGAGAAUAACACCAUUGCAUCUAGAUAUGUAUUUGAUCAAAUCAAGAGUAGAAAUAUAUAUGUUUGGACAGCAAUGGUAAGUGGUUAUGCACAAAAUGAAGAUCCAGAUAAGGCAUUAAUUCUUUUCCAGGAGAUGCAGAUGAAAGAUGGAAUAGUACCAAACAAAAUAUCCCUCAUUAGUCUUCUCCCUGCUUGUAGUUUACAUGCUGGAUUAACGAAUGGAAAACAAAUCCAUGGUUAUGCUGUCAGAAAAGAAUAUCUCGAUGAUGUAACUUUGUGUAAUGCUUUGAUUGAUAUGUAUUCAAAAUGUGGUAGCUUGGAGAGCGCAAAAAAUGUUUUUGAGACUGAUUCCUUUUGUAAAGAUGUAAUCUCUUGGACUACAAUAAUUUUAGCUUAUGGGUUACACGGAUUGGCUGAGGAAUCCAUAAGAUUGUAUAAUGAUAUGGUUGAGCUUAGCAUCAAGCCAGACCAAAUAACUGUUGUAGCAGUUUUAUCCGCUUGUGGGCGUUGUGGUCUGGUAAGUGAAGGUCUCCAACUAUACAACACUGCAGUUCAAGAGCACAAAAUUGAACCAACCGCUGAGAUCUGUGCUGCUGUGGUUGACAUGCUGGGCAAUAUCGGUGAACUAGAUCAAGCAUUCAGCUUUAUCAAAACAAUGAUGGUAGAACCCGGCCCCAGUGUCUGGGGUGCUCUUGUUUCUGCUUCUAUUAGAUACAGGAAUUAUGAGAUGUUAGAAUUGGCUUACAGAUACCUUGUUGAGUUAGAGCCAGACAAUCCAUCUAACUUCAUUUCACUGUCAAAUUUGUAUGCUUCUGCUAGCAGAUGGGAUAUGGUAGCUGAGCUUAGAAACACCAUGAAGAAAAGAGGUCUAAGGAAGACUCCUGGCUGUAGUUGGAUUAACAUUAAUACAACGACUCAUUGUUUUCAUGUUGCUGAUAGAACACAUCCAAUUUCCAACUUGAUUUAUGGAGUUCUAGACCAUGUUUUUAUUGUCAUGAAAGAACCCCAUUGUUCUGAUGAUAUAGAGUUUUUGAUCUAAUCUGGGCAUUUUUAUUUUAAUCUCA